AUGGAACAAAGCGUAAAGGCUCAUUACGAUUUCUUAGUAAUAGGUGCAGGUUCUGGUGCAAUGGGUGCAUCAAGAAGAGCUGCAAUGUUUGGCAAAAAAGUAGCUAUGAUCGAAAAUAAAGUCAUUGGAGGAACUUGUGUCAAUGUAGGCUGCGUGCCCAAGAAGGUCAUGUUCAAUCUAGCCAGCUUCCUCGAAGAUGCUCACGUGAUCAGCGACUAUGGAGUGAAGGGUCUAGAUAAACUUGAACUAGACUUUGGUCACUUCAAAAGACAAAGAGAUGCCUACAUUAAGAGAUUGAAUGGAAUCUACUCAACUAAUGUCAAGAAUGCUGGUAUUGAUUACAUCGAAGGCUUUGCUAGAUUCACCUCUCCAAAAGAAGUUGAAGUCGUAAAGGGAUAGGAUUAACCAAUAGAGCGAUAUUCUGCUGAUCAUAUCUUGAUUGCCAGUGGAUCCACUCCUGAGGAGGGUACCUUUGAAGGAAGAGAACAUUGCUGGGUGAGCGAUGAUAUCUUUAAGAUGGAAGAAUUGCCAAAAAGCGCAGUUGUACUUGGAGGUGGCUAUAUCGCAGUAGAGAUGAGUUAGAUUCUUCAAGCUUUUGGAGUUAAAACUACUCUCCUUAUAAGGGAUGUCCCACUUAGAUAAGUAGACAGCGAAGUAGUUGAUAAUUUGGUUGAAAAUAUGAAGAAACUUGGUCUUGAUGUAAAGCUUAAAACACCAUUUACAAAAGUAACAAAAGAUUAAGAUUCUGGAUUGAUUUCUGUACAUACUACAACCAACGAAGUUUUUGAAGCUGAAAAGGUUCUAUUAGCCAUGGGUAGACCACCUUGUGUAAGAGGACUUGGACUUGAAAAUGCUGGAGUAGAAGUACUUCCUAGUGGUUUCGUUAAAGUAGAUGAGAAUCACUUCACAAAUGUCCCAGGAGUUUAUGCCAUAGGAGAUGUAACAAACCAUGAACAAUUAACUCCAGUUGCCAUCAAGGCUGGAAGAAUUUUAGCAGAAUAUCUAUUCAACGGUAGAACAGAUUUACAAAUGAAUUACGCUAACAUUCCAACAGCUAUAUUCUCUCAUCCACCCAUUGGUUACGUUGGUCUUAGUGAACAGUAAGCUAUUGCAAAGUAUGGAGCUGAUAAUAUAAAGACUUACAAAUCAAAGUUUACAAAUAUGUUUUACUCUCUAGCAGCAGAAGACAAAAAGAAACUUGGGACUCUAUUCAAACUAAUUUGCCUAAAGACUGACGAUGGUCAAGAAAAAGUUAUUGGCAGUCACGCUAUAGGUAGAGGUGUUGAUGAAAUGAUGCAGCUCGUAGCUGUCAGUAUUAAUAUGGGAGCUACUAAAAGAGAUUUCGAUAGAACCAUUGCUAUUCACCCUACUGCUAGUGAAGAAUACGUAUUAAUGGACCCAAAACUCUAUUUCUGA